AUGAAAGAGGCAAAUGUUAGCAAUCCAGCAGGUUUCAUCUUACUGGGCUUUUCUGAUAUGCCCCAGUUGGAGCUGGUUCUCCUUGGGGUCAUCUCUGUCAUAUACACUCUGACAUUGGUGGGGAAUACAGCCAUCAUACUGGUCUCAUAUUUGAACCCCAAACUCCACACACCCAUGUACUUCUUCCUCUCUAAUCUCUCCUUCCUGGACCUCUGUUUCACUACAAGCAUUGUUCCUCAAAUGCUGUGGAACCUCAAGGGCCCUGAAAAGACCAUUAGCUACAUUGGUUGUAUGAUCCAGUUAUACAUUGCUUUGGGACUGGGAUCCACAGAGUGUAUUCUCCUGACUGUUAUGGCCUAUGACCGCUUCAAUGCUAUCUGUCAACCUCUCCGCUAUGACAUUAUCAUGCACCCCAAGCUUCUCCAUCAAUUAGCAUCUCUGGCCUGGAUCAGUGGUUUUGUGGAGUCCACAAUUCAGACCACCUUUGUUUUCCAAUUACCUCUCUGCAGUCACCACAAGGUGGAUGAUUUUAUGUGUGAGGAACCUGCACUCAUAAAAAUUGCCUAUGUGGACACAACCUUCCUGGAAAUUGAGCUCUCCAUAGCUACUGUCCUCUAUGUGAUUAUACCUCUGGGACUUAUUUUGGUCUCCUAUGGCUGCAUUGUGAGGAGUGUACUGAGGAUAAAAUCAGCUGAAGGCAGAAGGAAAGCAUUUGGGACCUGUGGGUCUCACAUGAUUGUUGUGGUUUUGUUCUUUGGAACUAUAACUGCUGUGUACAUACAACCCAAGAGCAAGUACACACAAAAUCACAGUAAAUUCCUCACUUUGUUCUAUACAGUAGUGACUCCCUCACUUAAUCCUCUGAUCUAUACCUUGAGAAACAAAGAGGUGAAGCGGGCUCUGAAAAGGCUGCUGACAAGAGACAUACGAUAG